AUGGAAACCACAACACCAAUCACAUGCAGCGAUUCCUAUGAUCACCAAAACACACAAGAAAGCUGCAUCCGCGGCCAUAUAAUUGCUUGCAGUGGAGGUGCAGAUCACAAGGACAAAGGAGGUGAGCGUGGCCUGAGGAAAAUAGUAAAGAGGUUUUUUCCUAGCAAGGCUUCAUCAAACAGUUCGGAUGUUAAUUCAUCAUCAGUGUCCAUGGCCAGUUUUGAGACAUCUUAUCGAGGGAAGUUGACGCCGUGGCCCUCUGUCGUGAUCCCGGCCGCCCCAGCUGCAGCACGUGGAGGAUCGAACAAGCGUGCACUUCUUUGCGGGGUGACAUACAGUCAUGAGCAUAGAUACAAGCUCAAGGGCACUGCUAAUGAUGUGAGUAACAUGAAAAACUUGUUGACUAACACCUUUGGUUAUCCUGCCGAAUGCAUACGCAUACUUUCAGAAGAUGAUCCGUUUGCCCAAGAUUUGAUACCAACGAAGAAAAACAUAGAAAAUUCUUUGAAAUGGCUUGUGGAGGGCUGCAAAUGGGGAGAUUCCUUGGUAUUCUACUUCUCAGGGCAUGGCUUACGGCAGCCUGAUUUCCAGAACGAUGAGAUUGAUGGGUAUGAUGAGACUAUUUGCCCCGUUGAUUUCCUGAAAGAGGGCAUGAUCCUUGACAAUGAUAUCAACAAAACCAUUGUUUGGCCACUCAAGGCGGGUGUCAGACUCCAUGCUAUUGUUGAUGCUUGUCACAGUGGAACAAUUCUCGAUCUCGAACACGUGUACAACCGAAAACAGAGGACUUGGAUUAAUAAUCUUCCUCCAUCUGGUGCUAGAAAAAGUACAAGUGGUGGGCUGGUGAUUUCAAUCAGUGCUUGCGAAGAUGAUAAAAUGGCAGCAGAUACUACUGAAAACCCUCAAAUAACAUAUGGGGCUUUGCUUGACAAAAUGGCCAAUCACAUUGAAAAUAUUAACAGCGAAAGAUGGAUCAAGUCAAGGAUCAUAAGGAAAGUACUUCGACACAAAACCAUACAGGAACCUAUGCUGUCAUCUUCUACAAAGUUUGAGGUUUACGACACGCAAUUUAUCUUGUAA